AUGUCGGGAGACUACACAGAUGUCCUGCCUAAUCAGCCAGUGGUUAUCGAUAAUGGCUCUGGUACCAUCAAAGCGGGAUUCGCUGGACAGGAGCAUCCAAAAUGCUACUUUCCUUCCUUUGUAGGUCGACCGAAGCAUGUACGCGUGAUGGCAGGCGGCCUGGAAGGGGAUACCUUUAUCGGACGAAAAGCGCAGGAAUUCCGCGGUCUAUUGAAGAUCAAGUAUCCAAUGGAACACGGUAUUGUCACAGACUGGGAUGACAUGGAGAAGAUAUGGAAUUGGGUUUACGCAGAGGAGUUGAACACUCUUAGCGAGGAGCAUCCCGUGCUAUUGACAGAAGCGCCUCUGAAUCCGAGACAAAAUCGCGAUAUUGCUGCUCAGAUAUUUUUCGAUACCUUCAACGUCCCCGCUCUACAUCUCGGAGUUCAGGCAGUACUUUCUCUAUAUGCGUCAGGGCGAACGACUGGUAUUGUCCUAGAUUCUGGAGACGGGGUUACACAUGCUGUACCUGUGUUUGAGGGCUUCUCUAUGCCACAUGCGGUUCGUCGUGUGGAUAUGGCUGGAAGAGAUGUAACAGAUCAUCUGCAACUGCUAUUACGGAAAUCUGGUCACAACCUCUAUACCACUGCGGAAAAGGAGGUUGUACGAACAAUCAAGGAGAAGUGUUGCUACAUUGCAAGUAACCCUCACAAGGAAGAGAAAGAGGCUGCAGGCCGAAGUGAAGAGUUCCGUCUUCCUGACGGCAGCGUCGUGAAACUCGGCAUGGAACGUUUCAGGGCUCCCGAAAUUCUGUUCAACCCAGAGCAGGUUGGAUUAGAGUAUGCCGGAGUCCAUCAAGUCAUUGUAGAUUCAAUCAAUCGCGUCGAUCUCGAUCUUCGCAAGAAUCUCUUUUCGAACAUUGUUCUCAGUGGCGGCAGCACGUUGUGCACAGGCUUUGGUGAUAGGCUAUUAAAUGAAGUGAAGAAACUCGCUAUCAAGGAUGUCAAGAUCAGAAUCUUCGCCCCGCCGGAGCGCAAGUACAGCACUUGGAUUGGAGGUUCGAUUUUGGCUGGCUUGGCCACAUUCAAAAAGAUGUGGGUCAGCGCAGAAGAGUACCAAGAAGACCCGGAUAUCAUACAUAAAAAGACCGGAUUCUAG